CGGCGGGCGCGCCGCCCCGCGCCUAGAUCGCUACACGCCGGCCGCGCCACUCCCUGCAGACAUGUGGCUCCUCAUUGCAGCGUGCCUCCUGGCAGCAGGCGUGCGCGGCCUCCAGGCGGGGUCCACGCAGGCCCUGUACGGAGCGUCCCCCGGCCAGUACGUGCUGCGCUCGCAGGAGCCGCAGGCGCAGCCGCAACCGCAGCCGCAGGCGCAGGCGCAGCCACAGCAGGCGCUCCAGCAGCUGCCUCCAGAAUACCUGGGGCUGCUCCAGCAGCUGGUGGCCCAGCCGCAGCAGCAGCCGCAGCAGGCGCCGCAGGCCGCCGCGGUCCAGCAGCAGCAGCAGCCCGGCCUCAGGCAGAUCGUCAUCACCAGAACUCCUGAAGCAAAUGCUGUGCAGUAUACAGCUGCACAAGCACACCAAGCUCAGCAGCAGGCACAGGUGCAACCACAGCCUCAGGCUCAACCGAGCCCACAAGCCAGGCUACAGCUAGUGGCUGCAGAGCCCACUAUUGCUGCCCAGUACUACUCUGCACAAACUCAAGCCCAAGCACAGGCGCAAGCCCAAGCACAGGCACAAGCUCAAGCUCAAGCUCAAGCUCAAGCUCAAGCUCAAGCUCAAGCCCAAGCUCAAGCUCAAGCCCAAGCUCAAGCACAAGCUCAAGCACAAGCACAGUUGCAACCGCAACCUCAGCCACAGCAGCAGCUGUUGACUCAGCAACAGCUGCAGCAACACGUUCUGAGCCAGGCACAGGCCCUGCCACAGCAGCAACUGGUGGUCGCUACAUCACCACGCUCAGUCGCUGUCGUUCCUCAGCAGCUGACACCCUCCAGAGCCCACAGCGUGCACGAAGCGCGACUGAGGGCCUCGUUGGCCGGUGAGGAUCCGAACGCAGCCGUUCAGCAGCUGAUAGUGGCAACUCCGACGCCUACACAGACACAGUAUGAGGGUGCACAAGUGGCGCAAUUCCUGGCUCUGUCCCAGCGACAGCAGGCUCAGGAGCAACAGCAGCAGCAGCUGCUACAACAGCAGCAGCAGCAGCAACAACAGCUGCAGCAGCAGCAGCUUCAGCAGCAGGCUGUCCAACAAGCGGCUAUACAACAGUCUCACGCUGGCCUUGCUGAACAGCGCCAGCAAGCUGCUCUGAGGCAAGCUCAGCAGCCACAGAUAGUCUACCAGAGUGUCGAAGACCAACAGGCCGUCCUCCAAGCUGCCCGACAGCAGUCGGCCCAGCAGCACGCCGCCGUACAGCAAGCCGACCGACAACAGGCGGCACUCCGAGAGGCACAGCAACAAGCUGCUCUGAGAGAGGCGCAGCAACAAGCUGCUCUGAGAGAGGCGCAGCAACAAGCUGCUCUGAGGGAGGCGCAACAGCAAGCUGCCCUGAGAGAGGCGCAGCAGCAAGCUGCUCUGCGAGAGGCUCAGGAACAGGCCGCACUACGAGAGGCUCAGCAACAGGCUGCACAGCAGGAGGCCCAGCAGCAGGCUGCGCUGAGAGAGGCUCAGCAGCAAGCUGCGCUGCGAGAGGCACAGCAGCAGGCGGCUCUCAGGGAGUCCCAGAGGUACAGACCCAUACAGCAGGUGGAACAACAGGCCGUGGUCAGGGAGCCACAGUCCUAUCAGCAGUACGAGCAGCAGCAAGACUCCCAGACGCAGAUACCCGUGCUGCAGCAACCGCGCAGACCGGCACCGGAGCAGUAUUUGCGUGAAACGACGCGCCCUCACCAGGCGAGGCGGCCGCAGGCUUUCUCGCGCACUCGUCAGCGCAUUACGACUCCCCCUCCGAUCCACGACGAGGAAGUGAUCAACUCUCUUCUCGGCCAAGCGCCAGAAACUAGGACCAUCUAUCAGUCCACCGCACGUCCUUCGUACUUCGAACAGACUACACAACCCUCUCAGUCGUCUGUCUUCGAAUCGACAGCCUCGGGAAGACAAAGAGCUCAACGACCGACAGCUACACUCGACAACGGACAACCUGCUGAGCCCGAAGGAGGAAACUCUCUACCUGUCGUGCGUCUGCCCACACCUGACGGGCAGCGUCCUCUCACCCACUCCGAGCUCCAGGCUCUUGUCGACGCCGGUUUCAAAGUAGCUCCAGUGGCAGAGAGCGACACUCCUGCUCCCAACCCCGUGUACUAUCAGCCACAGCAGCAGUUAACCUCGACUAAGAGACAAAGGUCGUAUGCAACGCCGACACCUCCUGCUCAGUCAUUGGGUCAGGAAAGAAGCAAGUCACGCAGGAUACAACGGCCACAAAGGCCGCAGAGGCCACACAGCGCUCCUCCGGCUACGAGGCUGCAAGACGAGUAUCUGAGUUCCUUCCCUAGCCCAUCCCCUACAGCUGGUAGGCCCGUGUACGAAGACUCGACAACACAGCGUCCUGUCUACCAAGAAAUUGUAACCCAGGCUCCAGUUUACCAGGAAAGUCCGACAGCACAACCCACAUACCAAGAGCUCACUACUGUCCGUCCUGUCUACCAAGAACCGACGACAGCGAGUUCUGCCUAUCAGGAGAUAGAAACACCUCAGAUUAUUUUUCAGGAAGAUCUGAAAGGACGGCAGAUAUACCACGACGCUCAGACUCUGCAGCAACAGCGGCCUACCUACAACCCACAGCCCGUAGUGCCGGAAGCUGCCCCAGCGCCUGUGCAGUACGUGGCAGCGACGACGGCCGCACCAGCCACGGCGGCGGCUCUGAAAGACCCUUACCAGGCGGUGCAGGAACAUCUUCGCGCCCAGCAGCGCACACAGGCCAGCGCGCCCCGGCGCUUCCAGCAGCAGCAGCAACUGGUGCAGCAGCAGGAGCAGCAACAACACCAACAGCAACAACAGCAAAACCGCUAUGACCAGCAGCAGUUCUUAGAACAGGACCAAGAACAGCAGCAGAGGCCGGAACUGGACUACAGGUUCGCCGAGGUUGCCGCGGCGCCGAUAGUGGUCGAAGAGCCAGCGACAGUGGCGCCGCCGGCGGCUACGCGCGGCCGAAGGCCGUACCACGCACGGUCGCGGCUGAGGGCUCGCCAGCAGCACCCGCCGGGUGACGGCUACUCCGGGCAGGAGUACGACGCCGAAGCCUACUCGGCCGCGCGCAGGGUGCGUGGCCGCCGACCGCUGCCCGCCGACAGGUCCUGAGCUCACACUACUCGCUGACACUGGAGCCGAGCCUCACCCCAACAGAAUCUCGUUUGACACUAAAUUUGUCGUACGGUCUUCGGAUACAAAAUUGUAAAUCUCAUCAUUUCAGCGACAAUCAUCUAGAGUGGGAAAAACUUUCCGCUCGUCUCUGGCAUUAGUGCUGUCUCUACUACAGUGACGCAGCCAACAAGCUGUUCUAUAUUUCGAAGUCGCAGGUGUAGACACAGGAACUUUUGCUACACUGAAUAAAAUAAAAAAGAAGUGGUUAAGAUCAAAUGGACUAGUUUCACAGAUGGGUAAGCGGUGCUGCGGAGCUCAAACAUUGGUGCGGGAACAUUUCGUGAUCUGCCAUUCGUCGGUUUUGAUACUUUCGUGCUUUCAAUUCCUGAAGUUUGUUUCGUAGUAAGGGAAUCGUAUACAUUCCCAAUGACUGACACGUUUUACUUGACUCAAAUUUGGAAUCUAGGAUCGGAACGCAACUUCACUUUGUGGAUUCAACAACUCUUAACCACUGGUUCCGAAUAGCUCAAGGAUGGAGGUAAACUGAUAGGUUUUCUAAUCCAUAUUUUUCGUCAAACUACGUUUUCCUGGAAUGUCUCUGUAACGCAUUUUAAUUUGUAACGUUGCAGACUAUUAGCCAAUUUUCUUCAUGUCUCAAAAAUUGACGCUAACACAGAAAUCUUGAUUAACUUCUCACGAUCUGGGUUCACAGUCAUGAAGAAUUCUUUAAAGGUCAUCACAUUCGCGGUUGGCUGCAGAAAUUAUUUAUUUCACAACUGCAGUUUCAGGGUUUGGAUAUUUUCAAGUAGCACUGCAAGAGAUUCACAAGUAAACAGUGUGUCGGAAUACUGAUUUGUGGCGAUUUAUGUAAAGAAUGUUAACACUGGUAAUAUUUCACGUAAGUUACUCAUUUCACAAUGUACAGAGAUUCGCACUCGUUUGAUGUUACUGUAUUUCUGCAGUGAAAAGGCUCAUUUAUGACGAUAACAUGUGUGCAUGUCGGAGGAUUUCAAAGUCUGACAUCUGCUGAAGCACUUGAAAAUACCCCAAAGGCCGAAAUUGCAAUUGCAAAUAAAUAAUUUCCACAGUCAAAGGCGAAUGUAGUGCACUUCAAGAAAACAAAAACCUUGGUUCACUGAAAUUGACAAGUUUUAUGCUUUUAAAUUUUGAAGUGGUUUUCUGGCCUAUUCCUUCUUGAAAUGAUUCCAAUACUUCCAUAGCGUGGAAAAAGUGAUAACCUACGACGUAAGGUUUGAAUUUUCCGUGUUGUGGAAAUUUUACAGAUGUAUAUCUCUAAUCAUAGAGAAUAUGAAAAGAGGGUAGGGAAAAAUGGUGCAGUAUUGCGUGUUCGUUGUAGUUAGAGUAUUUUUCUCUCUGGCGGGACACGUGGCAAUAUCGUGAAAAACAAUAGAAGGAUGAAUGAUAUCGUUUAAGUAUUUAGAUGCGUGAAUGUUGCUGCACAUGCCUUUUUUUAACAAGGACGAAUGUUGUCAAAUUAACUACUCACUCGUUGUGCUUUCGAGUUAUGUAUAUAUGAUUUUAUGUUUUAUGAACAAGAGUCGGUGUACAAGGAAUAUUUUGCGAAUAACAUGCCUGAAACGUGGGAAGCUACUUACGCAUAUGUGGAUUUUUGAAAACUAGAAGAUUAUUUUCAGUGGUUGAAUGAAAUGCGUGUUUCUCUCGUGCUUAAGGUCUACAAAGCUAUCUUGCCCUAAACUUUCCACUUUUCAUAAGUAAUGUGUGGUAUCUUCUCUUAUGCCUUGUAAUGUUCAUGGGCAGCGUCCAGUGAAUUAAACGGACGUCAGGUGUGUGAAAUGCGGCUCUUAAUACGAAGAAUUAUGUAUGUUUAAACGAAUAUUUGGGAUUAAUAUACAAUAUUUUAAUUUUUGUUGUCGAGUUCCUGUGUUUUUGAAUGUUUAUUUUAUGUCUCGUCCUGAUUAAGUUCAGGCAGUACCUGUGUAUACUCACUUUGUAGAAAGAAAUCACGUAAUAUGUAACAUUAUUGUGUGUUGGAAAGAGUGCUUAAUAAAGAUGUGUGCAUAUCA